CGUGGCGCUCGGCAGACUUUUUCCGCGCCGGUCGCCCUGACCGCUCUCCACGCCCACAAUCGCAUUUAUUUCCGCCGUCGCCGUCCCUGCCCUCGAGGCGGAGACCGCCGCCCUGUCGCCAGGCAGUUUCUGUUGGGUCAGCAGCGUGAGGGGCUUGCUCCGGCGUGUCCCGGCGCCUCCCCGCCCGUUGUGCUCCCGCCGGGUCAGCCGGCCGAGCUCCCGCCCGAGUCCCCCGGCUGGUCCGGGGGUCCUGGCACAGCCUCCACGGCGGCUCCGCCGGACCUGCGGACUGGGCCGCAGCCCGCGCCGCGAGCGGACGGCGUCAUGAAGCACCUGCCGUACUUCUGCCGCGGCCAGGUGGUGCGGGGCUUUGGCCGCGGCUCCAAGCAGCUGGGCAUCCCCACAGCUAAUUUUCCUGAACAAGUAGUAGAUAAUCUUCCAGCCGAUGUAUCCACCGGCAUUUAUUAUGGAUGGGCCAGUGUUGGAAGUGGAGAUGUCCAUAAGAUGGUGGUGAGCAUAGGAUGGAACCCAUACUACAAGAAUACAAAAAAGUCCAUGGAAACUCAUAUCAUGCAUACCUUCAAAGAGGACUUUUAUGGGGAAAUUCUCAAUGUGGCCAUUGUUGGCUACCUCAGACCAGAAAAGAACUUUGAUUCUCUAGAGUCACUUAUUUCAGCAAUUCAAGGUGAUAUAGAGGAAGCUAAGAAACGACUGGAUUUACCAGAACAUUUGAAACUCAAGGAAGACAAUUUCUUCCAGGUUCCUAAAAGCAAAAUAAUGAAUGGCCACUGAUGAACAAUCAUCUUACUUACUCGUUCACUGUUUUCUAGUAUUUUACUGCUCAUAGCUUUGCAGUCUCAUCUUGAUUAUAUUUUAAAAACCAGAAAUGUUCCUACAGCUGUGAAUUAGUUUAAACAGCACAAUGUAAUUAUUAUGCUUCAUGUUCAAUUAAACCCAUCAUGUAUAGUACUAAAAGAUUAAUUUUAAAAGUCAAGAUUCUUUUUAUGUAAUAUGUUGACUAAAAUUUACCACUAGAAAGGUCUUAAGCUUUUCAUGAGGGAAAUGAAAUGUAUAUAGCUAUGGGUAAAAAGGCAAGUCACUAGUUUGAAAUGAAAACUGAUCCUCAUGGUGAAAUACUAGCAUGUAUGUACUUGUAUAAUGUGCUGCAAUAAGACAGGGCUUAUAAAAGUAAAUGUAUUAAACAGAUUUGAUAGUUUAUUAUAAACCUAAGGGGGAAAAUUCAUACUUUGUGCUUUUAUGUUUUGUACUUUACUAUAUUACUACAAACAUGAAGACUUGUGAACUUUUAAUUAGUCAUUUCUUUUAUGAGGUCAAAUCGUAAAAGAAAUCAUUGUAUUGUGUUCUUUUUUUUUUUUUUUUUUUUUACAGCUGCCUCAGUUCUGAUUGGUCUGGACUCCCUCUACCUAUCAGUUUUUUUGCCUUUUAAAACAUUAAAAUGAGUAUUAUGUUUGAACUUGUAGGUUUCAUUUCUGUGUUGUAUAGCACUUUUCUCUUUUUAAGAGUAGAUAUUCUUCAGUAUUUUUCUGACUUUGGUUUUUUUUCUCCUUUAAAUAAUUGCCUAUGUCAAGUGUUUUUUUUCUUUUCCC